AUGUCCUUUGGCUUCGGAAUAGGCGAUUUGAUUGCGGUGGGAGAGCUUUGUUGGAAACUUUAUUCGCAAGUCUACAAGGUUUCGCGAGAUGCGCCCGAAGAGCUCCGCGGACUUAAUCAAGAGCUGGGAAACUUUCACAACACCAUCCAGCUACUGCUGGAAGAGCUCAAGGACAACGAUUUGCUUUUGUUCAAUUCUGGGGAUGUUCGGAUAGACACUGUUCAUCGAGUCGUGUCGCACUCAGAAGAAACCCUCAAAAAGAUGCAGCAACUAUCUGAGCGUUAUGCAGAGCUCCAAACCUCAUCUACUGCGCAAGAAAAGCGACGCAUGCUGCGAAUUUAUUGGGAUCGACUGAAGUAUACACGGGAGCUCCAUAACAUUAAUGACUUGCGGUCCAAAAUAAUGCUUCAUAAUUCUCAGCUAACUCUCAUCCUGCAAGGUGCUCAAAAUUCAUCUUUGGAGCGUAUAGAGAAACAAAAUGCGCAAACCGACAAAAAGUUGGACGAGCUGCGACAACUAAUCGUGUCCAAUCCCGCCCAGCGAGAUAUGCCGAUGCUUACAGCACCAUUACAUCCAGAUAUAUUGAUGGAGCUAACAGAUGUAUUUUUACAAAAGGCAGAGUCUGACAAUCGACCCUGGGCCUCAAUUGGCAUUGAUAGCUGGCUUCAAGCAGGGCAAUGGUGGCUUAUGAAGGUGCUGUAUUGA